AUGGCGCCAAAGCGCAUCCUGGUGCUGGGCGCCGGCUGGGCCGGCCUCGCAGCGGCCAGGACGCUGCUGGAUGAGGCGCCGCCCGGGUCAGUGUCGGUGACGGUGCUGGAGGCGACAGACGCGGUCGGGGGCCGCUCUCGCACCGCCGUGCUGCCCAUGAGCGGGCCGGUGGAGCUCGGGGCCACUUGGUUCCAUGGCACCCAAGGAAACCCCAUCUAUGACUUUGCAGUCCGCCAAGGCGUAGUGUAUGACCCUGCCAGGGCAGCCCACCUGGGCGUGGCCGUACCAGGGGCUGCCCCGUCCGCGGGCUGCGGGGACUCGCCAGUCCAGCAGCAGCAGCAGCAGCAGCAGCAGCAGCAGCAGCAGCAGCAGCAGCAGCAGCAGCAGCAGCAGCAGCAGCAGCAGGUGCCGCAGGACCGCUGGGGCGUCGAGCUGGUGCGCCCGGGCGCGGCCGCGCCGCUCGGCGGCGCCGCGCGCGCGGCGGCGGUGGCGGCGAUGGGCGAAUACGGGGACGCUGUGGAGGAAAUCGGGGAGGACGAGGAGGAGGCAUCGUCGGGGGCGGGGGGCGACGGCGCCGCGGCGGCGGAGAAAGCGGCCGCGAACACGUUUGGCGAUGUGCUGCGGCCGCGGUUCGACGAGGCCCUUGCGCGCCAAGACGCGGCCAACGGCGCGCGUGCCGCGUUCGCGGAGGGCUGGGCGUGCAGGGAGCGGCUGCAGCGCGCGUACGACGGCUUCCACUCCUGCGACUCUGCAGGCGCAGCAUUUGCGCGAGAGUACCACGAGCUCGAGGGGCCAAACAUCCCGGUCCCAGGCGGCUACCAGCACCUGGCUGAGCGCCUGGCGGCCGGCCUCGACAUUCGCCUCAGCAGCCCCGUCGCCGCGGUCAGCUGGGGCGGCGCGACCGCGCACCCGCCUCCCGACGGGGCUGCGGCCGCCGCCGGCCCCGCGGGACCGGUGGGCGUCACGCUUCAGAAUGGGGAGUCGAUUGAGGCGGACGCCAUCAUAUGCACCUUCAGCCUGGGUGUCCUCAAGGCCGCGGCCGCAGCUUCCGAGCAGCUUCCGCCCGGGGCCGGCGGCGCCGGCCGCGCGUCGGCCCAGGUGGUGCGGUUUGAGCCGCAGCUACCGGAGGAGAAGGUGGGCGCGAUCAGGGCGCUGCACAUUGGAUAUGUGAAUAAGCUGUUUGUUGAAUUCGACCCGCCGUUGGAGGCCCUGCCGCCGGGCGGCAACCCCUGCGCCAACGGCGCCGCGGCCGCCGCGGCGGCCGGAGUGGAGCGCGAGGCCAACGAGGGGGCAGAGGGGGAGGCGUGCACGCCGCAGCCCCCGCCUUUGGCAUACAGCUCUAAGCCCGCGGCGGCGCCGGCGGCGGCGGACGAUGAGGAGGGCCUGGUGGGGCCGCGCAGGCGCGUGCAGGCGGCGCAGGCGCCCGGCGGGCUCGCCGCGACGACCACCCCUGACGGCGGCGCGGGCGGGGCGGCGGGCGCCGCGGCCGGCGGCCCCGAUGGCGCGGCGGCGGCUGCGGCCGACGGAGCUGGGGGCGACGCGGACGGCGGCGGCGCCGCCGCGGGGCCGCGGCUCACGAGCUACUGCCUGCUCUGGCCGACCCGCGAGUCGCUGUGGGGCGCCUCCGGCGUCGCAAACAGCGACAAGGAGCAGGAUCUGUUGCCGUUGACAGAGGCCUGGCGGGAGUCGUACCCAGACCUGCCGCCGUCGGACGCCGUGUUCUUGGGGCCGCAAGUCGAGCCGGCAGAUGUCAGCAGCGGCAAGGGCGGCGGCGAGGGGCUGCCGGGUUGGCUCUACGGCCUGCACUCGUGGCGCUACAGCGACGGCCCCGAAUGGUGCAAGCCGCCGGACGGCUUCGCUUUGGCCUCUGACGGCGCGCGGCCGGCGGCUGCGGUUGAGGCCGCGGAGGCGGGCGGCGGCGGCGCGUUUGCGCCGCGGCGGGAGCUCUGGGAGCGGCUGUGGUCGCGCGAGUGGCCGGGACGCGGCGGGUACUGCGCGGUGCUGUGGGUGACCGGCCGCGCCGCGCUCGCGCUGGAGGAGAUGAUGGACGAUGACGUCAUCGAUGAUGUCACCGCCCUGCUGGACGCGUUCCCGGCGGUGCCGCGCCCGGCCGGCGCGGAGCCGCGCGCGGCGCGCGUGUUGAGGAGCGAGUGGUGUCUCAGCCCCUACUUCCGGGGGAGCUACUCCUACCCGGGGCCCGAGGCGGAUGGGGACACCAUCGACGCUUUGGCGGCGCCGCUCUUGGUGAACGGUGCGGGCGGCGGCGCGCUGUGCUUUGCGGGGGAGGCGACCAGCCGGCACCACACGGGGUGUGUGCACGGCGCGUAUCUGAGCGGUCAGAGGGAGGCGCGGCGGCUGGUCGAGAUGUGGGGUCUGGCGCUGGAGGCGUGA